CAACAGCAGCUCAGCAGUGGAGAAGGACGAGACGAAGGAGAGAAAGAAGUCUCGAAUCGGCGGGUUGCUUCAGUGGCGUGGCGUGGAGUGGAGGGCCGAGGGCAGAGCGAAGAAGACGCAGCGAAGCCUUAACCCCCAAUUCUACCAGCAGCAUCAGCAGUGGAAACGGGGAAUAGGAAAUCUCGAAUCGACCGGUUGGUUCAGUGGAGUGGAGGGCCGAGAGGGAGGAGGUGAAGAGAGGCCAAAGUCUUCCUGUGACGCCUGAGGAGGAGGAGGAGGAGGAGUAGGAGGUGAGGAAGAGGAGGAGGUGAAGAAGAGAGGCCAGAGCCUUCCUGUGGCGCCUGACGAGGAAGAGGAAGUGACGUCGAAGGCUUCCUGCGGCGCCUGAGGAUGGUGAGCCGGAGCCAGCCCAAGUACUCGCUGGUGCAGGAGGUGGGUCGUGGCAGCUAUGGCGUGGUGUACGAGGCGCGUGUCCACAGCACGGGCGCCCGCGUGGCCGUCAAGAAGAUCCGCUGCCACUCUCCGGAGAACGUGGAGCUGGCGCUGCGGGAGUUCUGGGCGCUGAGCAGCAUCCAGAGUCAACACCCGAACGUCAUCCACCUGGAGGAGUGUGUACUGCAGAGGGACGGACUAGCACAACGCAUGACACACGGAUCCAGCUCACCACUAUACCUGGAGCUGGUGGAGACGUCGUUGAAGGGUGAGAUCUCGUUCGACCCGCGCUGUGCGUACUACCUGUGGUUCGUGAUGGACUUCUGUGACGGGGGCGACAUGAACGCGUACCUGCUGUCCCGCAAGCCCAGCCGACGCACCAACACCAGCUUCAUGCUGCAGCUGGGCAGCGCCCUCGCAUUCCUGCACCGCAACCAGAUCAUACACCGCGACCUCAAGCCCGACAACAUCCUCAUAUCACAGGGCCGUACCCCUGCUGGUUCUCCGGAGCCGACCCUGAAGGUUGCUGAUUUCGGCCUGAGUAAAGUGUGUUCCACAUCGGGUCUGAACCCAGAGGAGCCGGCCAGCGUCAACAAGUGCUUCCUGUCCACCGCCUGCGGAACAGACUUCUACAUGGCACCAGAGGUGUGGGAGGGCCACUACACGGCGAAGGCGGACAUCUUUGCUCUGGGCGUGAUCAUCUGGGCCAUGGUGGAGCGCAUCACCUUCGUGGACGUGGAGACGCAGAAGGAGCUGCUGGGCAGUUACGUCCAGCAGGGCGGCGACAUCGUGCCGCUGGGGGAGGCUCUGCUGGAGAACCCCAAGAUGGAGCUGGCCAUCCCCGCCCGCAAGAAGACCAUGAACUCGCACAUGAAGCAGCUGAUACGAGACAUGCUGUCCGCCAACCCGCAGGAGCGGCCCGACGCCUUCGAACUGGAGCUGCGGCUCGUCAGGAUCGCCUGCAGAGAACUGGACUGGGACACAUGAUGAGACGCUAGGGGGCGCCAGAGAGAGAACUGGACUGGGACACAUGAGACUCUAGGGGGCGCUCUGGAGAGAACUGGACUGGGACACAUGAUGAGACGCUAGGGGGCGCUGUGGAGAGAACUGGACUGGGACACAUGACUCAAGGGGGCGCUCUGCCGCACACUGGGCUGAAAUAUUCUCUUGAUUUCAUUUAACCAAGCGGCAACUUUUCAGACUAUCAAUGAUUGUCUGUUCGAGUAAGAUACUUCAGGUUCGUACUUUUCUGGGAUCUAUUUCGCUGCAUCAGGUGAACGCCCCCUUUAGGAGACCAUUGAUGAGGAGACCUUUGGAGACUUGAGGUUGAGAAUAAAUGUCCCUUUUCGCUGUAGAGCCAUGAAAUGUAUUCACUUCAGUUCAGUUAACCAGACGCAGGGCUCUGAGCUAACACACCAGGCUAGCAAACAGCCAACUGCUGCUGGUGGGGAAAUGACAGUUUGGCUGGUAGGAAAUACC